AUGGUUGUACCAGUGUUGUCGCCAACACCAAUAUGGUUUCCCAAGAUUUGGUCUAAAGCAUCAUCCGUUCGUAUAUUGGUCUACAAAGGAGAUAGACACAUGUUAUUAUAUCAGUCAAAAACCGGAUUCAGAGAAGAUAAAUAUGGUUUACCAUGGAAUUUGUUAGUUGUUCGUUUCGAUAAAUUUGAUAAAAAGCCAGCGAGGUUCAGAUGUUCUUUAGUGCCAAAUCAUGUAACAAUGUUGGUGGUAGGCGAUUCUUUAGUUAAGGAUUUGGGUGCACACGCAAAUGAAAAUCAGCUAGUUAUCCCUGUUCCAGGUGGGAAAUGGUCAUUGGUAUUAGAUACAGCGUUGAAGUUUGGAAAAUCACUCAAUUGUCUAUAUUUAAUAAUACAUGUGGGAAUUAAUAAUUUGAAUGAAGGUGGUAAUAAGUAUGUGCAUUUAAGAAACCUUAUGCAACUCUUUGAUAAUAUUUGUCAGGUUUUAGAUGAGGACUCCAAUUUCAGUAUUAUAUUUUCGAGUAUCUUGUUAACUGGUUGGGCUGACAUGAAUGCACGUGUCAGGGUUGCCAAUAGAAAGCUUAAAGAGGGUUGGUAUUAUUUAUAUCAUUAUGAUAAAGAAAUGGUUGAAGAAGAAUGUGGUAGACCAUUUCGACAAGAAGAAAAUAAAGAAUUUGUUAAGCUAUUUAAUGAGCAGAAAUUCAGACCUAGAACUGCUAUUUUAAAAGUCUGGUUUGAAUAUCCAACCAUCAUGUUCUUCCAAACCAUACCAGCUAAAGAUAAAAUCAGUUUUACGAGUAGAAUAGGUAAAAAGGAAACUGGCACUAAAAUCAGGUUCAGAAAUGGUUUGUGUUACGACGUUUUAACAUCGGUCGAUAUUCAAGAAAUAGUGAAAGCCGGUGGACGAAUUAUUAAAAUAUUAGAUGGUAUAGUUUACGAAGAAAAUUUUAAAACUCCACCCAAAAGAGAUUAUAUUUUAAUUUUGAGAGAUCUAAGAAAUAAAUAUAAACGAGAAGGUAAUAUCAUAGGUAGUAAUUGCAUGAAAUUAUUAGGUAAUUCAUUGUAUGGUAAAUCUAUUCAGAUGGAUAUAACUACAUCGAGACAUCUAUGGAGUGAAGCGACUUUAAAAGCCAACUUCGAUUCACACGUUAUAAACUAUGAAAAAGUAAAUGAUAGUCAAUAUAUAGUUGAGAUAAAUGAAGAAGAAAAAGAAUUUGACUGUACACCUCCUAAAUCUACACGACUAACACCUAGUCAUUUGGGAUCAUUCGUUUUAUCUCACAGUGAAAAAAUAAUAAAUAAUUUUAUUCGCGUGAUAGAUGGAUUUUAUAAGCCUGAAAUAUACUAUACGGAUACCGAUAGUUUAUACAUAUCGUCUAGCAAUUGGGAUAAAUUAAAUGAUGCUGGGUUGGUGUCCGAAAAUGAUUAUUGUAAAGGAAAGAAUGAUUACGGUAAUGGUGGAAUUAUAUUUGGUUUAUAUUUAGCGCCAAAAGUUAAAUACAAUAUCAUUCUAACAUCCGACGGUAUUCUAAAAGAAAAGAAAACGUUUAAGGGUUACUCUAAAGAUAAGAUAUCCGUAGAAGAUUAUAUUCGAUUAGCUAAUGGACACGAUGUAACGAAUGAAUUUAAGAAACCUUGGGUAAAAAGUUUCACCAAUGGAGUAGUUAUUCCAAAGGAUGAUGAUAAACAAAAGAAAGUUUUUAGAAGUUAUCUAAAUCUCGUUAAGAGAAAAGCACCGGACAAUGAAGGAAUCAUGUACCCUUUCAACAACGGAAAAGAAUUGAACAUGGAUGAAAACUACGAAUCUGAUGAUUACGAUUAUCUAACUAUUCAUGAAGAGAAUGAAGAGUGUUAA